AUGCCACCUAAACCAGAAAUCCGACGACUGUUUAAACAACAGCAAUCAGAACGAACGAAAACAAAAAGAGUAGUACACCCCUUUGCGAAAUACGAUUCUCAGGGAAAGCUUUCCUGUGCUGUGUGUAAUGCGACCGUGAAAACAGAGGCUGUCUGGUCGGUACAUCUCACCUCGACGGGACAUAAAGAAAAUAUCGCCAAACUUAAAGCCAUCCGAGAUAGACAGACUCAAGUUAAACAAGGAAGACCAGCCACAGAAGAAUUAAAGCGUCCUGCAACAGAUGAUGGGGAAACAAAACCGGAAGUCAAACGAGUACGGUUUGAAGAAGAGAGCGAGAGCGAGAGCGAGAGCGAAGAAGAAGUGAGCGAUGAGAGUGAUGCAGAAAUGGAGGAAUCAUCAUCAAAUGGAUUGCCCUCCGAUUUCUUUGAUACUGCUCCAGAAACUGAAGAGGUGGUAGAGCCAGAACCAGUAGAGAGCAGUAGCCACUCCGCGCUUCCCGCAGGAUUCUUCGAUGAUGCUGAAGAGGACGCACGUGCACGGAAAGCACCUAGACCUGGAGCCAAGUUAGAGGCUGAUCUUGAGAAAGAAUACGAAAUAUUUAAGGAAGCCAUGGUAGAACCUACGAUCGAAUCUGAGAAGAUAAGAGAUGAAGACGAGGAGGCGUUCUGGUUAGAUAGAGAUGAGGAACUGUUACGACAGCAGGUGGAUUUUGAUACACGCGUUGAUGAACUAAAGAAGCUUCGCCAACAGCGCAUCGCUCCUUCCUCUCGUGAAUCAAAAAAAGAUUCGGGCUUACGUGUUGAAUUUGAUGAUACAGAACAAGAGAUUCGCACAGGUUUAAAGAAGGGUGUUCGGGAACUGUUGAAAAAAGCUCCUAUAAAAAAUGCUCGGACGGUAUUUGACGAUAUGGAUGAAGACGAGGAUGACGAAGACGAAGACGAAGAAGAGUGGGAAUGGAGAGCUCAACAACUUUGAAUAAGUUGAACUAUGUGGACUGUUAGAUGUCCAAUGCAAGCACGAAUAUUUAUAUCACAAAACUAGUGAGUAGUAAUCAUGUAAUAAGAACCAAAGCAUUAAGAACAUACGUCCAAGACACUCAUUAGAGCUACACUUACAUUAUUCCAAUAUUCUUUAUUACUUUUUAUCCAUAAAAAUACGACCCUAUAUAUAUAUUGUACAUUUG